AUGGCCUUUCUCUUAGGCAACCUUCCCAGCUCAACUGUGGAGCUUCCUUCGCUUCCGCAUAUACUGCCGAAAGUGUCCCUGGUCGAAUCGGACGCUCGGCUCGACGCUUCGAACAACGAUGAUAUGCGCUUCAUUCGCGUGCGACCGGUGCGGGCACAUUCAUGCCCCACGGAGGAUGAGCUGGUGGAUGCUGAGUGGCAUUCACUGGUGGACAUGGAGAUGUCGAGGUCUCCUCGUUCCGCGCACCUGCAGAUGCGCGAGGAUCGUCGCCAGGAGCAGCUGCAACGGGCGCGGGAGAAGGAUCGGCUGAAAGAGAUGCAGGCGAAGUUGGAAAGGUACCAGCGCAAUGAGCCUGAGUACGAGACAACUUCGAUGGGGACCGGUGCGCGACAACCGCGGCAGACAGUGCCCUUCUCUCAGAAAAGACAGCAGGAGAUUUUGGAGGAGUUCCAAAGGCAGAACGACUUGCAGAUGGAGAAGGCUACCGGGAAGCGCAUGCGACGGGUGGUUUGGCAGGAAGAGCAGGCUGAAAAGAUCCGGUUGCAGCAGCAGCGGCAAAAACUGAAAGAAGAGAGGCGACAGCAGCGGCGUGAGAGCCGAGUGGCCCCAGAGGCCGCUGCCCCCAUGUCCAGUGGCCAAGUGCAUGGCUCCCUCUUGGGCUCCUUAGCAAGGCGGAUUUGGAGGCUCCUGAGCCGCGAAAACCGGGAGAUGCGGCGCGAGGCGGAGAUGGUCGACAUGGACGUGGACAUCGCGAAGCCAUUGGCAGGUGAGACCAUGGAGCAAAGGGAGCUCCUAGUCCGACAGGUGGAGGACAGCAUGGCGAAGAGUCGACAGCAGCCCCUGGCGAUGCGCCGGAAGAUCUUCCGGGAGUUGCAGAGGAAGCUGCAUCCGGAUAAGAAUGAGGGCUGCGAUGCCUUCAAGCUGGCCUUUCAAGAUUUGAUGGAUCGGCAGCGGGUCUUGGAGAGGAUCCCGAAGAGGCUCAACGCCUGGGCUGGGGCGAAUGCUUCCCCCAAGGCUCUGAGUGGGGAGCGAUGGCUCAGGACUGCUGCAACUUGCAGCUGCACGGGCCUCAAGGGAAUCCAACCUGCUGGGCCGGGUGCUCGACGUCAUUUGAUGUUGGUGUCCGAUGUGAGCAGUGAUGGGCGCUACACCUUCGAGCGGUGCUGUCCUGAUGAGGUCCAAGGCUCUGCCCGUCAAGAGCCCCUGGCAGCGGCCGAUGCGGCAACAAUGGCACCGCAGCGCGGCUGGCCGUUGUUGCGAGGGAUGUGGUUGCUAUGUAGCGGUGAGCGGCUGCAGGGCAGCAAGCGCUACGUCAGGCAGGCUAGCUAUGAUGGUGAGCGCAUGUGGCAUCCUUCCAGCUCAUUGGAAGCAACCUUCGACUUUGCAGGGAGUCAGGGCAAAAGUGUGGUGUCUAUGGUACAAAGUUUACCUGCCUGCGGUGGUCCCGAGCUGUUCGAGGAGGCAGCAUCGAUUUUGGAAGAAAUUGAGCUCCAUCACGUCAGCAUCUUGAGGGAUUUGCACGAGGCCAUGUUGAAGUUGUCCUUACGCCCCGCGAAGGGCGAAGCUCAUGUGCAGUAUUUGCCAUUCUUCCCAUACCUGCUGAUGGCGCUGCACCGCCGCACUCUGAAGCUGGAUUACUUGCACUGUAUCUCCCGCACAGCGGCGGUGCUGGUGCGCCGGAUGGCCAAAGUGCCAGGCACUGUGGGUGGGUGUCGCAGCCACGCAGCAGGGCCCCCCACAGCGAGUGAAAGCAAAUGCAGCUACACCAGGCCAACUGCGGAACUACUAGGUUUGACCUUGGCCACUGCCCUUUUGCCUCCUCCACGGAAGGGUCGCAGCUGUAGUGCCUUGGUCGAAGCGGUUCCACGGCCCAACGAUGGCGCGCUCAAACGCAUUGGGCGAUUUGGGCUGUGGACCAAGCUGGACCUCGAGAUCCUUCAGGUGUGGCCCUCUGCUGUGGCCAAUCUGAUCUUGCCCGCUAUAAUUGGCGCGGUGGACAUGUUGUGGAUAGGACAGUUAGGGGAUCCACAUGCCAUGGCUGGUGUGGGAGCCACCAACCAAGUGUACAACACCAUCUAUUUUCUGGUGGGCUUUUUGCCCAACCUCGUCACCCCGUCUGUGGCUGAGGAGAUUCGCAAGGGACGGCCCAAGAAGGCAGCGCAAUGGACGACUGAAGCACUGAGCUUCGCAUCGUUGAUGGGUUUGCUGGGAAGCGUGGCCUUGGUUUUCUUCCCCCACACGGUGCUAAAGCUGGUUGCAGACAGCCCACAGGCGGCCUGGGACUGCAUCCCGAGAGCCCGGUUGGAGGUUUCAAAUUAUUGUGUUUAUAGAAUCAGACGGGAAAGACAAUCAUCAUUAGUGAAGAAUUACAGAUAUUUAGUUGCGGAAUUGUACAUCAUGUGUAUUUCAUUAUGUAGGUUUAGGUAUAUAUAUUUUUUUCUUUUCUAG